AUUGAGACUCAGAGCCGUACGGACGCCUGCUGCUGCCGCUCUCGUUAUCUUAGAUAGUACGGAGUUCGAUAAAAGUGUUCUUGUUACGGUCUGCUUGAAAUAUUAUUCUAUAGACUUUACGUAUUUUGUGUUGAAUUACAAGUUUAGUUAUCACACAAAUAUAAUGGCCGAUAUCUGCAACGUAUGUCUAAAGUCACUUAAAAACGUGAAAGUGAAAGUGUUGUGUAGUGACUGCAAUAAGAGUUUUCAUGGGAAGUGCGUCAACCUAUCCGCCGACGACGUGAACUACUUGUCGGAUCAGGGCGACGUGUGGCGAUGCACGCCGUGCUCCCAGCUGCGACGCAAGAGUAUGGUGCUCGAAUCCAAAUCCACUGUCACAUAUGAUGACAUUUUUAAACUAGUCAACGAGCUCAAGGAAGAUAUCAAGCGUGUGGAAACUAGUCUCGGCACUUCGUUGAACUCCUGUCACGAAGAGCUAGCUGAAGCUAAAAAAAUAGUACAGGACCAGAAGGAGGAAAUCACGAAGUUAGUCGAAACAAUUAAUGAGCUUCGAGGUGAAAAUAAUGGACUUCGUAAGCGGAUUGCUGAUCUCCAGUUGAGGGUCGACGAGGCUGAGCAGUAUUCGCGACGCAAUACAAUCGAAAUUCACGGCGUACCAGUGCAGAAAGGAGAAAAUGUUGUCACCAUAGUCAAAGAUAUUGGCCGAUCGCUUGGUUUCCCGGUGAAUGAUACUAUGAUAGACGCCUGUCAUCGCCUGCGUUCCAAGGUGGGUUCCGGAAGGCAUCCUGGCAUUAUAGUCAGGAUGGUAAGGAGGCUGGAUGCAGAAGAGCUGCUGCAGAAACGACGGGUGAAGCGUAAUUUCAACACGCACGACAUCGGUCUGACGGCGAAGCCAGCGGAGCCGGUCUACCUGAAUGAGUGCCUAUCACCAGCCCGGCGUACCUUGUUCAGUGCGGCUCGGAAAGUGAAGAAUGAAAAGAACUAUAGCUAUUUAUGGGUUAGAGGUGGAAAAAUUUUUCUUCGGAAAGAACAGGGUUUAUCUGUGAUCACGGUCACGAAAAUGGAAGAUCUAGAAAAACUGUAAGUCUUUUCAAAUUCUUAAUGUACUUGUUUUAUAA